CCCCCGCUUGGCGGCCCUCCGCCGUCUGCAGGGCCUCACCGCGCUGCGCCAGCGCCCUCCACCCCCGCCCCGGGCUCCCCCAGCCGCAGAAACGGGAUGGGCCUGAGCCCCGCCGCCCACGAAGAGAGCAGGCGCCACCUCUCUCGCUUCCCCAGGCCGCGCCCCAAACCCGCCCCGCGAGCCACAGAAAAAUCAUCUCAAGCGUUGGUCCAGCUCUCUGCCAAGGAGCGGCAGCAGGGAACUUCAGAGCUGAGCAGAAGAGUCCAGGAGGGGGAGAAGCCCAUAGUUAACUUGGAGACCACACCCAACCAGAAAAGAGCAGAGUCGAAUUCAACCCCAAAGCCUGAGAGCUCAGGGAAAUUAACAAAGCAAGCCACUGAGGGCAAACCAAGACCCAGACCCGGAGACCUGAUUGAGAUUUUUCGAAUUGGCUAUGAGCACUGGGCCAUCUAUGUGGAAGAUGAUUGCGUGGUGCAUCUGGCUGCCCCGAGUAAGGGUGAGGAAUUUGAGGUGGGCAGCAUCACUUCCGUCUUCAGCAACCGCGCCGUCGUGAAGUAUAGCCGCCUGGAGGACGUGCUGCAUGGCUGCUCCUGGAAGAUCAACAACAAGCUGGAUGGGACGUACCUGCCCCUGCCUGUGGACCAGAUCAUCCGGCGUACAAAAAAGAUGAUCAACAAGAUAGUGCAGUACAGCCUGAUCGAAAGGAACUGUGAGCACUUUGUCAAUGACCUCAGAUACGGUGUGCCCCGGAGCCAGCAGGUAGAGCACGCCCUGAUGGAAGGGGCAAAGGCUGCGGGAGCGGUCAUCUCAGCCAUGGUGGAGAGCAUAAGGCCCAAGCCCGUAACUGCCUGAAGGCGCUCAGGACUCCAAGCAGAGGAAGUACUCCUGCCAUCCGCAAGGACACGUGCCUCCUUGCCCCCCUUGCCUUCUCUCUCCAUAACCCCGCUCGAGAAAACUGUGUUCUUCUGGAAGAAUCUAGAAUGUAUCCAAUUACCCCUCCAGAAAUACAUCCAAUAUAUGUGAUCCUAGAUCUGUGGACUCGCGGGGUGAGACGAACCUAAUAUUUAUUAUUAUGCAUCCAUUAGGCUCCGGGCAACGUGCUGGGCGUUUCAUAGGCUUGUCUCAUCUCCCUCCCUGCGGGAAGGGCCUUGCUUGUUUCUCAGGCUGACUCGGGUCUGCGAUGUUUGGAUACCACCUACACCAGCCAGGAAACCCCUGCUUGAACAUUCCCAGGACCCGGGAGCUCUUUUUCAGAAGUCCUUGUUCUUGAACUAGAAAGUCUCCAGCUUUUUGCAUUCACGAGAAUCCUGCUCUUCCUGACCUGCAGCGCUGUGUGGG